CACAAACUUGACAACCACCCACCAACUUUCUAAGGAAUCCUAGAAGACCAAAUCCAAACAAUCCCAGAAGACCAGCUCCAAGAGGACGAGAUCAAAGGAUCAACUGCAUACCAUGGCGCGAACCCUCCACAUAGCCAUCUUCAACACAGACAUCCCCGUCCCUAACGUUUCCACAGAGCGCGCCUCCAGCUACGGCCAAAUCUUUCAUGAGCUCCUUAUAGCCGCCGCAAAACGUACUUCUCCACAAACAAUCAUCAAGAGUACAGAAUACGACACCUGCAAACUUGAGUACCCAUCCACCCUCUCCGACGUGGACCUGAUCCUCAUAACCGGCUCGAUAAACUCAGCAUACGACGACAUCCCCUGGGUGCACCAGCUAGAACAGUACAUCAUCGACACCUACAGAGAUCAUCCGAGGUUGAAGUGGUUUGGGAGCUGUUUCGGACACCAAUUAAUCUGCCAAGCGCUGCUGAAGGGGUAUGGCGUGCGCGUUGACGCCGAUGCGCGGGGGUUUGAAUUGGGUGUGAAGGAGAUGGCUAUGGACUCCAAGUUCCGUUCUGAUUUUGUUAAGCAAGGGUUCGAAGUCCCGGAGAAGAUGAGGUUGCAACAUGGAUGCGCUGCCGAGCAACUGGUCGGUGUUGGGGAGUACGGAGUGGUGUUUGAAUCAGGGGAUGAUGGAGGUUGGGCGGGUGCUUACAUUCCAGGGGCAUUUUGA